GUUUUUAUUCCUACGUUACUAGCGUUCGAAAAUGUGUUAAGUGCCGCUUUAUGAGUAGUUAUAAAUAACAAGAACAUAAUAUAUUAAUUAUGUGGGGGUUACGAAAUUUUGGGAUAAUAAUUUUAUUUUAUUUUUCGAUUUUUUCGGUCGAAUCGAUUGAGGUUAAGUUACCGACGGUUUUAAUAAGCGUUUUAGCAAGAAAUAAAGCCCACACGUUGCCUUACUUUUUAUCUUUACUUGAAAGGUUACAUUAUCCAAAGAAUCGGAUUUCUUUAAGAAUUCGAAGUGAUCAUAACAUAGAUAAAACAGCAGAAAUUUUACAAAAAUGGGUAAAUUCCAUUGAUACUUUAUAUCAUUCAGUUGAUUUAAAAAUUAUAGACGAUGAGAGUUACACUGAUGAAUCGGGUCCAUCACAUUGGUCACAAUUUCGUUUUGAUCAUGUUAUAUCAUUACGAGAAGAUGCUUUAAAUCAUGCAAGGAAUAUAUGGGCCGAUUAUCUACUAGCUAUUGAUUGUGAUGUUUUUCUAACAAACCCUGAUACUUUGCUUUAUCUAGUCUCGAAAAAUCUUCAAAUUGUAGCCCCAAUGUUACGUUCGGAUGGUCUGUAUUCCAACUUUUGGUAUGGAAUGACCGAAGAUUAUUAUUAUUUACGAACGGACGAAUAUAAGCCAGUUUAUAAUCGUGAAAAACAAGGUUGUUUUCAUGUUCCUAUGGUGCAUACUUGCGUUUUAAUCGAUUUACGUAAUCACGAAUCGGAUCGAUUAACUUACGUCCAAGAAAACUUAAAGAAUUACAACGGACCUCACGAUGAUAUCAUAACAUUCGCAAUAAGCGCUAAUAAAAGUGGUAUUGAAAUGCAUCUUUGCAACGAAUACCAAUUUGGGUUCUUAACAACACCAUUAGAAGAAUUUGAUACAUUAAUUUAUGAUUAUCAUCAAUUAAAAAAUAUUAAAUUAGAAGUUUUGAGUUAUGGAGAACCUUUAUUUGUGAACGAAUUGCUUGAGGAGUUUACGUCAAUUCCGGAAAAGGAUACUUUGGGUUUUGAUAAAAUUUAUAUGAUUAAUUUGAGAAGGAGACCGGAACGAAGGAAACGAAUGAUGCAUUGUUUUGACGAGUUGGGAUUGGACGUUAGCGUUUUGGACGCCGUCGAUGGAAAGGCGUUAAAUGAAACUGCCUUAAAGCGUAUUUCAUUUUUGCCUAAUUAUUCCGAUCCAUAUCAUAAGAGGCCAAUGACUUUUGGUGAAAUCGGAUGCUUUUUAAGUCAUUAUCAAAUUUGGAAAGAAAUAGUCGAAAAUAAUUACCAAUCAGUGUUAGUUCUUGAAGAUGAUAUCCGUUUUGAACCAUUUUUUCGACCUAAAGUUAUUAACUUAAUGCAGGAAUUAAAAGAACUUGGUAAUUGGGAUUUAGUUUAUUUUGGAAGGAAACGUCUCCAAGAUGUAGACGAACCAUGGAUACCCGGUUCUAAAUAUCUCGUAAAAGUGGGUUACUCAUAUUGGACGUUGGGUUACGUUCUUAGUUUUCAAGGGGCCAAAAAAUUAUUGGACGCCGAUCCUUUAUCGAGAUUAUUACCCGUCGAUGAAUAUUUACCGAUUUUAUUCGAUAAACAUCCGACGGAGAAAUGGAAAAUUCAUUUCCCUAAACGAGAUUUAAUCGCGUUUUCUGUUGCGCCGUUAUUGGUCUUUCCCACUCAUUACACAGGCGAAAAAGGUUAUAUUAGUGAUACCGAAGAUUCCGGUAUUAUUGCAAAUGAAAGUAAAGACGAGUUAUAAACAAAUUUUUUUUAUAUUUUUGUGCCAGUUUGUUUUUUUAAAUGUUGGGGUUACCAAAGUUAAUUUUUUUUUAAUUUUAUGGGUAUUAUGUGAGAUAAAUAGGAAGUAAUUUUAUUUUACUAAGAUGCUUUUCACUAAUUUUAAAAGAUUUGGAAAUGAAAUGGACAAUCAGAAGGGGUCAACUAUUCUAUAUAUUAUUUGUUUUAAUUUUAAGUAUUUUUAAAUUAGAUCUUAAGUGUCCAAAUUAAUACAAAUUUACAUAAAAAUGACUAUUAAUUAACAUCAUAUUUAGUACAAAUUAUUAAUUAAUUUAAUGUGGACACUUUUAAUUAAGCAAACGUUGUUCCUUGUCGUUUAUGUGAUUAUAAUAAUUAAUUGUAAGUUAAAUUUAAUUUUAAUAAAGUUAAAAAGCCAUCAUAAAGUGCCAUAACUUUUCAUAUAAUAUGGCCAUAAUACAAUUUAUUAAUAAAAAAGUAAACAUUUUAAGGCCUGGUUUUAUAAAUCUCUCAUUAAACGUUUAUAAAACUAGGCUUAAAAUAUUAAUGUUGAUUGAUGUGCCUUACUCAAAUUACACAUUUAAUGUAGGAUUUGCAAUUUUAUACAAAAAUGUAAUGUAUAUAUUUUGGUGUGAUACAAUAUAACUUGCUUUUCUUCAUUAAUUAGAUACUGAAAAAUGUU